AUGAAAAUAUCGUCAGCUGGCUUCGAACUACCAAAAGCAGUCAGCAUGCCAGGCGCAAGGCAUAAAAUAUUGGGGCAUGUGCUCUCUGGUUUCUGCCACAAAGUGAAUCGUCGUAAGCCAUUGUAUGGCGACGCGAUGGACACACCACUCAACCGAUGUCUCACGACCUUGGAUAUAACGUUACUGGGUGUGGGCCACAUGGUCGGAGCAGGAAUUUACGUACUAACGGGAACUGUCGCAAAAAAUAUGGCGGGACCUGCAACAGCACUAAGUUUCCUACUGGCUGGCAUAACAUCAACAUUAGCUGCUCUGUGCUAUGCAGAGUUUGGAACAAGGAUUCCUAGAGCUGGAAGUGCUUAUGCAUACACCUACGUCAGUAUUGGAGAAUUUUGGGCUUUCAUCAUAGGUUGGAACAUUGUAUUGGAAUAUAUGAUAGGAGCGGCUUCUGUAGCUAGAGCUUGGUCCGGGUAUUUGAACGCAAUGCUAGACAAUGCAAUAAGUAACGCUACCAUUUCCAUCACAGGGGAAAUGCAUGAAUCUCUUUUGAGCAGAUAUCCAGACGUUCUUGCAUUUCUUAUAUGUAUUGUAGCGUCAUUAAUUCUAGCAGUUGGUGUUAAAACGUCAGCCUACAUUAACAACGGCCUUACGAUUCUUAACUUAUUAGUUAUUACUCUUGUUAUCUUCUUGGGAUUCUAUUACGCCGAUCCUACGAACUGGUCCGAAAAGAACGGCGGAUUUAUGCCUUUCGGUGUUAGUGGAGUGCUAGCUGGAGCAGCCACUUGUUUUUAUGCGUUUGUGGGUUUUGAUAGUAUAUCGGCAUCAAGCGAGGAAGCUAAAGAUCCAUCACGCUCAAUUCCUAUUGCUACCAUACUUUCGAUGGCAGUUGUUGGUUCUGGAUACAUUCUUGUAGCUUUGGCUCUGACUUUAAUGGUAUCUUACAAAAAUAUCAAUCCUGAUGCUGCCUUACCAGCUGCUCUUGGUGCAGUUCAUGCUGAUUGGGCCAAGUACGCAGUUGCCGUAGGAGCUGUAUGUGGAAUGACCACUACGUUACUAGGCUCCCUGUUUUCCCUACCGCGUUGUCUCUAUGCUAUGUCUGCGGAUGGUCUUCUAUUCGGUUUCCUCAGUGACAUCAACAACAAGUCUCAGAUACCUAUUGCUAAUUUGAUUAUAUCAGGCUUCUCGUCAGCAUUGAUAGCUCUUUUCUUUGAUUUGGAGAAGCUUGUGGAGUUCAUGUCAAUAGGAACACUUCUUGCGUAUACUAUAGUGAGUGCAGCCGUCAUCAUUUUGCGUUACCGCCCUGUACCCGCAAUAGACGACAAGGUUUUUGGUACACCCCAACUGGAGUCUCCAUGCGAUCGAGAAGAUAGCUCUGCAACCGGCACUCCCGGAACUGAUGGAGGUUCAUCUUCGUCUGAGAUGUUUGAAGCUUUGACAGUGGGACGCCUACGACUUCAAUACGCCUGGUUAGAGCCCCUGGCAGGUGGGCGAGCUCCCGGAGCUGUAGUGACCAGUUGCGUUUACACGUUUACUGUCGCUGCCGCGGCAUUGUGCGCGCACAACCAUUUCCUAGCAGAACCGGCUGGACUAUGGGCACUUUUGCCAGACUUUACCCUCACUUUCGUCAUCGUGGCUUGUCUAUUCGUCAUCUGGGCACAUCAGCAGAGCCCAGCGCGCCUCCCUUUCCGAGUACCGUGGGUGCCGUUGCUUCCCGCUGCAAGUGUUAUUCUCAACGUGGAGCUAAUGAUUAAUCUUAAUGCGCUUACUUGGGCCCGGUUCGCUAUUUGGAUGACCUUCGGACUACUUCUCUACUUUUUAUAUGGUAUCCAUCACAGCAAGUUAGGCGAAGGUGUCACCGGUCUUUUGUCUCGCUCCGCUAGUGGUGGUGGCCACGACAGCGGUGGUUGGGGAGCUGUGGAAAAGACCAGCGCCAUAGCUCGUAGAGUGGGACGUUUCGCGCGGGGGGGUAAAGGGGAUGACCGCAAACCCAUCAUUUGCGACGAUGAACUGUCUAGACGCGACCCGUGA